UGCCCAAAAAUUGCAAUAUUUUUAUGCUUCAUCAUAGAAACCCUAGCACUUAGCCAAAUAUGCCACGCACAAAAUUCACCACAAGAUUAUGUUAAUGCCCACAAUGCAGCUAGGGCUGCAGUGGGUGUUGGAAACAUACAAUGGGACGACCAAGUGGCGGCGUACGCCCAACAAUACGCCAACCAAAGGAUGGGUGAUUGCGCUUUGCAACACUCUGGUGGGAAGUAUGGAGAAAAUAUUGCCGUAGGUGGCGGUGACUUCACCGGCACAGAUGCAGUAAAACUGUGGGUGAAUGAGAAGGCCGAUUACGACUAUAAUACCAAUACUUGUGCUUCUGGUAAGGUGUGUGAACAUUAUACUCAAGUGGUUUGGCGUAACUCGGUUCGUCUUGGUUGUGCUAGGGUUCAAUGUCAAAAUAAUGGAUGGUUUUUCAUUACUUGCAACUAUGAUCCACGGGGCAAUGUUGUAGGCCAGAAACCUUACUAGAGUUUUUCCUAAAGUUUGAUGUGAAACAAAUAUAAUAAUAUAUGUAUGUAUUUCAGCUCACUAGAGCAUUGAUGAUACUCAAUAAGAAGCAGCUAUGUAUGCUGAAUUAAUAUGUAUAUGUAACGUUUUUUUACGUAAGAUUUGUUGAUUAUAUAGAAAUAAUUAA